GUGUACUACCGCACUCGAAGUGGUUGCGCGCGGACGUUGCCCCCCGAACGACAAUGACGCUUACUGCGACGGCGGAACACCCGCGAGGAAUCGACAUAGAAUUUUCAGACAUAUUCUACGCGGUUAAGGUGCGGACUGGCCCGUUUAAGACCGAAAACAAAGUGAUUUUGAAUAAAGUCAGCGGCCAUUUCCGGCGGAACCGAUUGGUGGCCAUACUGGGAUGUUCGGGGUCCGGCAAAUCGACGUUGUUGAACAUUCUGUCGGGAUACAGACCCGGCGGCUACAGCGGCGCGAUCGCGUUCAACGGCAACGCCAAACUGCGUCCCGCGUCGUUCUGCAAGCGCAUCAGCUACGUUAUGCAAGACGACAUGUUGCAGCCGCUGCUUACCGUCCAGGAGUCCAUGGAAUUCGUCGUAAGGCUUGUGCACUCUUGCGCCGAAAUCGAUGAUCGCAAGCGAAUUUUGAUAAAAGAAAUUCUAAACAACUUGACACUGUACGAGACAAGACAUACGAUGGAGAAGAAUUUGUCUGGAGGCGAACGGAAACGAUUGUCCAUUGCUUUAGAGCUGAUAAGUAACCCAAAAGCAAUGUUCCUCGACGAACCCACAACAGGGCUGGACGUGGUUUCCACCAACCAAGUGGUGUCAGCCAUGAGAUGUUUGGCCGAUUCAGACAAGACAAUAGUUUGCACCAUACACCAACUGUCGGCUUCCAAUCUGGCGUUAUUCGAUUCCUUGUACGUUCUCACUACCACAGGACAGUGCAUGUACAACGGCACUCCGUCCAGACUGAUCGACCAUUUGAAAUCGUUUGGUCUCCAUUGCCCGCUGUACCACAACCCGGCAGACUAUGUGAUCGACGUGAGCAGAGGAUCGUUUGGAAACGACGUGGACGUGCUCGUGGAGAACGCGAGAAACGGCGGAAAUGAAAUUCUACCAGACGACAAAGGAAAACAAGAAUCAAUCAUAAGACUGGAAAAAAUGCAAAAAUACACCGAGUUUCCAGUGGAAACACAUCCGGUGAACUAUACCGCUCAAUUCAGUGUGCUCAUCCAAAGGCUUUUGUUAAUCGCCACCAGGGACAAGUUCCUCGUCAACGCCCGUUUUUUGGUACACAUGUUUUUGGCCUGCGCUUUUGGACUGUCCUACUACGGUAUAGGUCAAAAGCUGUCACAUUCGCUGGACAACAUAGCCAUGUUGUAUUUCACGUUGAUACAAGUAGUUUACACGUCCGUUUACACGCUGGCAAUGAAACUGCCCAUGGACCUCUUCAUCGUUAGAAGAGAAUACUUCAGCCGGUGGUAUUCGCUGGGCCCAUAUUAUGUAUGCAUAACACUGCUAGAUCUGCCCGUGCAGGUGUUGAGCAUAACUAUUUAUACCGUUUUGAUCUACGCGCUGACCGGACAACCGCAAGAGUAUUUUCGAUUUUGGAUGUUUCUACUCAUGUUUAACGUGACCACGUUGUUUUCGCAAUCGUUCGGAAUGUUCAUCAGCGUUCUUUUCGACAAUUUCAUAAUAAUAAUCGUCGUGAUUAACAUAUUGUUAUUGCCUUGGGUGAUGUUCAGUGGCGUUUUUUUGAGAAUCCGAGACACAUCAGAAGUUUACCGUUGGCUGUACGAUUAUUCGUUUCUCAAGCGAUCUAUGCAAGGCAUAUUCCAUUCGGUUUACGGUUUCGACAGGCCAUUUUCUCCUUGUACCGAAGAAUAUUGCCACUACAGAUCUCCAUUGGCCGUACUCAAGGACGUGGAUAUGGCCGAGGACAGUUACUGGGCGAACAUCACAUACAUUGUUGUUUUGUAUCUGAUAAUGAAGAUAUCUACUUACGCUAUCCUGAAAUAUCGGCUCUUGAAAAAUAAGUAACAUGUUAUCUUGGAUUUGUUAAGCAAUAGACAUAACAUCCAUAAUGUGUAUAAUAUUAUAAUUUUUGUUAAGUGUUUUCCUGUUGGUGUACAAUAAUUGUUUAUCUGUAUUAUAAUUUAUUAGUUUGA